GCCAUGGAUGUCAGCUCUACAGUUCGUUGGUGCAGCUUACUGAUAAUGUUUGCUUUCUCGUCGCUGUGCACAUCUGAUUCUGAGAUAUUAAACCCGGGGUUUGGAGGAGAUAAGUUUAAGGUGGAAGGCCGAGCCGUCGUGCCUGGAGUGAGGCCCCAAGAGUGGGUGAGCAGGGCCCGGGUAUUGCUCGAUGGAGAAGAAUAUAUCGGCUUCUUGCGAACUGAUGGCAGCUUUGUGGUCCAUGAUGUUCCCCCUGGUUCUUAUGUAGUAGAAGUUGUAUCGCCAGCUUAUCGAUUUGAACCAAUCCGAGUGGAUAUCACAUCAAAGGGUAAAAUGAGGGCCAGAUAUGUAAAUCACAUCAAAACAUCAGAAGUAGUCCGGUUGCCAUACCCUCUCCAGAUGAAAUCUUCUGGUGCUCCAUCCUAUUUCAUCAAACGAGAGACCUGGGGAUGGACAGAUUUUCUUAUGAACCCAAUGGUGAUGAUGAUGGUUUUGCCGCUACUGAUCUUCGUGCUGCUUCCUAAAGUUGUAAACACUAGUGACCCAGAAAUGAGACGGGAAAUGGAGCAGUCAAUGAACAUGCUGAACUCCAACCCAGAGCUGCCUGAUGUGUCUGAAUUCAUGACAAGACUUUUUACUUCAAAAUCAUCCAGCAAGUCCAACAUUGGGGGAAAAGUGGGCAAAAGUGGCAUUAGCAAGAGGAGGUAGUGAUUUAAACCUCUGCUGGAUCAAUCCUCAAUCCAAUCAGUUAUAUAGACCUGUGAGAGUUU